AUGUGUCCAGUACUCACACCUGGUGCAGUGGUCACCUAUGGUCAGCGCGUCUAUUCGAGCAGCAGUGGGUUCCUGUAUGCCACUAAGAGUGCUACGUGGAUGAGUAAACGUGGUGGAGAAAAUGCGUUAAAAUGGAACAGCUCCCAAAGUAGUUCAUCGUCGGUCAAAGACUACAAAGCAGCUUGUGGGCGUAAUCGAAGCUUUCCGAAAAUAAGAGAAUGUACUGAUUUGAACAAGCGCUUGGAUGAAGAAAAAAGCCUUCGAAAAGCCCGAAUCCAAGGCAGACAGUACGGACCAGCGCAACAAACUGGAAAGCGCUUGCGCGAUGAAAUUAGCGAAUUGAAAGGGAAAAUUAACGAAUUAACGAGGAAAGUCGGGACGAAGCAAGCAACAAAUGAAGAUGUGAAAAAUAACAUCCAGAAUGAUGCCAAAGACCGAGAGCUAGCAAAGUUGGCGAAAAAAAGACAGCAGCUGAUGCAGCGUCGUGAUGCGCUGAAAAAUCAGAUUGAAACUGAUCAAUUUCUUAUCAAAUUGUAUCGGCGACGUCGCGAAGAAGUUGAACUUCUCCAGGAACUGAUCAAAGAUCGUCGGAGGGUGCCUUGA